AUGGCCUCGACAAGUGUGCCGCCUACAGGGCCAGCACCCAUAGAGUCGCCAGCCUUCGAAGAGAUACGUCCGAGACUCGCGCGAACCACCGGCGACCUGCGGCCGGUCGUGCUCAUGACAUGCGCCAUUGCAGGCGCUGGCAAAAGCACCCUGGCCAAGACGGUCACUGCCAAGCUGCCCAGCUUUGUGCGCUUCUCCGCCGACAAGCUUGUCCGUGACAGGUACGGCUUGUAUGGCAUCGACUUUGCGCGCGACAAGCACGCCGGGUACUUGGAGGAGGCGCAGGCGCACAUCAAGACGGAUCUGGCGGCGCUCAUCAAGAAUGGUGCAAACGAUGCCGUGCUGGAUCUGUCUUUUUAUAACAAAGAGUACCGCGACGAGUACAAGGCCAUUAUUGAAGACGCGGGCGGACGAUGGGUCUUGGUCUUUUUGGACGCCGAGAAGGAUCUGCUCUGGCGUCGCAUCCAAGGUCGGCGGGCCGCACGGGACAGGAUCCCGGUGGAGAGUGGUGCGAGGGAUGGCGACUCGGCGUAUGAUAUUGAGCCAGGGACGUUUGAGAUGUAUUGCAGUGGAUUCGAACCUCCCGUCGGAGAAGGCGAGAUUAGAGUUUUGGUGGUCUGA